AUGGCCACAGAGCACCGCACGACAACCACCCCCAGCGGCCUGCCAGAGGAGGUGGUGACAUGCCUACAGAACGCACGAUUCCUUCAUCUUGCAACAUGUUCAAAUAAUGUCCCACACGUUUCUUUGAUGAACUACACCUACCUCCCCAGCACCCCAUACUCCCAAUCACCUACGAUCAUCAUGACAACCCCACCCACGUCCCGCAAGACGCUGAACCUCGAGUCCAAUCCUCUGGUCUCGCUACUGGUACAUGAUUGGAUUUCACAUCGCCCACCCACUCUGAGCCAGCCAGCUCGUUCGCCCUCUCCAACUCAUCCCGCCCCACGCUCUGGUUCACUGGCUGAACUUCUCCUGGGUAUUAAUACUGCAUCACUCAGUAGGAUUAGCACCACCAUCAAUGGCACAGCAGAGCUUGUUCCAUCCGGCUCCGCAGAAGAGAGUUGGUACAAGGUCGAACACCUGGCGAAUAAUACGUUUGGCGGUCGCGAGGCUGGCGACCAUCACAGCUCAUCUACCGGAGGAGGUCUCUGGGUGGAAGGACGAGAUUAG